AUGAAGAGGGCAAUCAACCGUAUCAAGGAAUGGGCAGGACAUAACAACAUGGUGAUAGAAGAGGAGAAGAUAAAUAUCCUGGCUGAUGCGUCAUCCUUCUCAAGGGACGUAGAGGAGGAAUUGAGACAACUAGGAAGGGUGGCGAGUGGCGCUAAGAUACUGGGCAUUCAA